UGAACACUCACAUACAUUUCCUGAUCCCCUUUGAACACUCAGGCAGCUUCUUCCCUUGAGCCAAGACUGAGCCUUAUUCAAAGUUCAUAUCACACCUUUGUGGGUAUAAUUUUUCUUUCACUGAAACCUUCCUAAGCCUAGUGUGGGGGUAAGUGACUUAAAAUGGCAGCUUAUCUAUUCUUUUGUACCCAGCUCUUACGGAAACAUACAUUAUAAAAAUCCUUUAAAGAAACUAGUCAUUUUUUUAAUUUAUAAAAUGUGAGAUAGAACCCCAUUUAUUUAGAGUCUGCAUGGGAUUGGUUUCCCCAAAAGGCUUUGAACUGGGAGAGGUAACCCCAGAUGCCCGCUGCAGUUACAAUGGGUGGAGUCCUAGGCUCUAAGUAUUAGUGUCUGCUCUGGUGAGAUUGCAGUGUGAGAUGACCCUGGGCCUCCUUGCCACAGCUGAGCUGGGGGGAGCCGCAGUGAGAGGCUGCCCAUGUGACAUGGCUUAACGGAUGCUGAAAAAUCUGCUCUCCUCCUCUCAGCCCACACAGAGCUGCCCACUUCCUACACGUGGACGCCAGCUUCCUGGGCUGGAGCACAGUUGUGUGGUCCAGUGCUUGCCCAGAAUGAAUGAGGCCUUGGGUUUGAUCUCCAGUACUGCAAUCAAUCAACCAGCCAACCAACCAAUUAAUCAAUAUAAGAAAAAAAGGAAGGGGGAGGGGAACAGAUUCCAACCACUAAAACCACUCAAAAUCCCCGAUGGGAAUUUUAGAGUUUUCAUUCUCGCCAGAGAGUAGGAGGAUUCCAGCUAUCUGUCAUCUCACCCGCGGUCACCCAGGCCUGAGGGGUUAAAUCCCCUCUGAGUUUGCCCAAGUAAGAUUUUCUGAAGUGCUUACAAGGGGGAAAACAAGAGAACAGCCAUUAUUUUGGCUUUCAUUAGCUGACGCCUAGAAUCUUUGUCAAGCUGGAGUGGCGCUCCAUGGUUAGACCUCUGACCCAGCUCGAUGAGGCCUUGGGUUUCACUCCUCACACUGAAAACAAACAGCGCCAUUUUACAGCAGGAAGAGCUUUGUUUGGUGAUUAGCAUUUUCCCAAAUAACCAGUUACAGCAUAGGGGUGGCAGGAGGGAUGGUGGGGGUGGAGGGUACAGAAGGAAGGGGAGAGGAGGGGGCAGAAGGAAUGAGAAAGCUCUCCAGCCAGCCCUGGUGGGGAAAGAUCUGAGGGAAGGGAAGAUAAAUACAGUGAGUGCAUACCACAGCUCUCUGGAGAGCGCAGACUCUGCAGGGCUCCACGUGCUUGGUCAGGGGUGGGGGUGGGGGGCGCUGAUGGGGAAGAUGCAGAAGCUCGGAUAGAAUUCCCAAAGGGGUCGGGGGCAGCACAUUCUUGUUUCUGAGUCCAUCUGCCCAUAUGUCAUCAUGAUAUUCAUGGAAGGACCUAUUUAUAGCAAAAUGUAAAAUAACUGGGGAAAGACUUCAGCCCCAAGAGCCAUCGAUCACUGAGAACCAGAUAGGUAGGCUGUAAGGUAAUGUAUCCACCCCCGCCUCCAGUUUUUCCAGAAUAAAAAUGCUGGUGGGAAACACUAAUGUUGCCCUCUCACCCUAAAAGUCCCUUGGAGUGGGAGCUGCUGCGCCCACGAAGAACCUCUGUCCUCUUUCCGGAUUCUAGAGUCAAGGAUAACCUCAAGGGUUGCGGGCUUCAGGCCAACAGUCAAUUGGGCGGCAGAAAGACCCAGCAUUUCCCAGCAGAGAGGAAAACCCUUGGGAGAAGGGAGGGAUCACGAGGAACUCAGAGUAAUAUUUUGUCCCAACUCAAUUUUUAAUGUAAUUGUUAACUAAAAGUUGUUGACCUAAGAGAUAUGUUUAUGGGGAAAGGGGGAACAAAAAAAGGAGAGUUACUUGUCAAAGGCAUUGUCAUUUAAUAAGAAAGUCCUGUGAAAGUUCUCGAGCGGUCCUCUUGGUAGUGGCUUCCCCCUGUUAAAGAAUGCAGCUUGAUACCAGUUGGUGAGUCCGGAUGCAGGAGCUGCCUGCUGAGGUCUGCUGGCUGUGCAGUGGGACAGAGCUGACAUCUAGCGACGACAUCGCACCCCAGAGGGUGAGGCUGCAGCCAGCUCUUGUUUAUCUUGUCAGGACAAAUGUCAGAGCUGGAAGAUCUUUUGGCAAGCGCUCAAGCUUCCCGCCCUCUCUUCCCCAGCUUAUCUCAGCAGGCCCAGGGCUUGUCCUGUUUACCAAGCAGGCCGCCUUCCAGUGAACCCAGCUUCUGCUCCAAUCUGUUGUUCCUGCCACAGGCUGCAGCCUCAAAGCCUCUCAUCCCUUCCCCUUCACGCCGGCAGUGCAUACACAGAGAUGUGAAGCCGGAAAACAUUCUCAUCACCAAACACUCAGUCAUUAAGCUCUGUGACUUUGGGUUUGCACGGCUUCUCACUGGACCUGGUGACUACUACACUGACUACGUGGCCACCAGGUGGUACCGCUCACCUGAGCUGCUAGUGGGAGACACACAGUAUGGCCCCCCAGUAGAUGUCUGGGCAAUUGGGUGUGUGUUUGCUGAGUUGCUGUCCGGAGUGCCUCUGUGGCCAGGAAAAUCCGAUGUGGACCAGCUCUAUCUGAUAAGGAAAACCCUGGGGGACCUCAUUCCCAGGCACCAGCAAGUAUUUAGCAUGAAUCAGUACUUCAGUGGGGUGAAAAUUCCAGACCCUGAAGACAUGGAAACACUUGAGUUGAAGUUUCCAAACAUCUCCUACUCUGCUCUGGGCUUCUUAAAGGGCUGCCUCCACAUGGACCCUGCUGAGAGGCUGACAUGUGAACAGCUAUUGCAGCAUCCGUAUUUUGACAGCAUUCGAGACGUUGGGGAAUUGGCAAGACCACAUGACAAACCAACAAGGAAGACCCUGAGACAGAGUAGAAAGCACUUGACUGGGUUGCAGCACCUGCCUCAGCUAACCAGCAGCAGCGUCCUCCCCGCUCUGGACAGGAAGAAGUACCACUGUGGUACCAGGAACUUUAACUACCACUUUCCAAAUAUUUAAGGAGCUGGCAGAGUAAUGAAGAAUUGAUCAAUAAUUUGCAGAAAUGUAUACAUUUGACUCCUGUCUUGACCACACAUCAGGAGAAAACACGAACAGGAAGCUGGAGGUUAUUUGCCAGGAUAUGAGGGAAAUUCCGGAUCCAGACUUCCAUGCUUGGUGGAGAUGUCCAGAGAAGAGAGCAGGAGCUUGGGACAUCUCUGCAUCUUCCUUUUCUAAGCAGCAGAGCUUAUGGACAGAAUAUAAACUGUACCUAAGCCCGCAGCUGCAACAUUAGAUAAUGUCAGAAGACCUGGGCUGCAGUUUGCUCUCUGCCACACGCAGAGAGUACAUCAAGAAAUGUCCUGGGUUGGGGAUUUAGCUCAGUGGUAGAGCGCUUGCCUAGGAAGCGCAAGGCCCUGGGUUCGGUCCCCAGCUCCCAAAAAAAGAACCAAAAAAAGAGAAAUGUCCUGGGGUUGGGGAUUUAGCUCAGUGGUAGAGCGCUUGCCUAGGAAGCACAAGGCCCUGGGUUCAGUCCCCAGCUCCAGGAAAAAAAAGAAAAAAAAAAAAGAAAAAAAGAAA